AUGUGCGCAAAGAAACAAGAAGAAGUAGAAAGUUCAGAAGCCAUGAACAACAUACAAAAUUACCAAAAUGACCUCUUGCUCCACCAACUCAUCUCCCAUCAUCAUCAUCACCAAGAUCCUUCUCAAUCCGAAACUUUCGGAGCUCCAGGUAACAACGCCGGAUCCGGAUUCACUAUCUUCUCCCAAGACUCAGUUUCCCCAAUAUGGCCUACUUCGGCCCAACCACCGUUUGAUCAGUUUCCUCCUCCAACAUCUCUCUAUGGGAGUUUCUUCAACAGAAGUCGAGCUAAUCAUCAGGGAUUACAGGUAGGUUACGAGGGUUUUGGUGGAGCCACGUCAGCAACACAUCAACAUCACGAACAGCUUCGCAUAUUGUCAGAGGCUUUAGGUCCAGUGGUGCAAGUUGGGUCGGGUCCUUUCGGGUUACAAGCUGAGUUAGGGAAGAUGACAGCGCAAGAGAUCAUGGAUGCUAAAGCUUUGGCUGCUUCAAAGAGUCAUAGUGAAGCUGAGAGAAGACGAAGAGAGAGAAUCAAUAAUCAUUUUGCUAAGCUCCGUAGCAUAUUACCAAGCACCACCAAAACUGAUAAAGCGUCGUUACUAGCGGAAGUGAUUCAACACGUGAAAGAGUUGAAGAGAGAGACAUCAGUGAUCUCGGAGACAAACUUGGUUCCAACGGAGAGCAACGAGUUAACGGUAGCUUUCACGGAGGAGGAAGAGACCGGAGAUGGCAGAUUCGUGAUUAAAGCAUCGGUUUGUUGCGAAGACAGGUCGGAUCUAUUGCCGGACAUGAUCAAAACGUUGAAAGCGAUGCGUCUCAAAACGCUCAAGGCGGAGAUAGUAACCAUCGGGGGACGUGUCAAGAACGUGUUGUUUGUCACCGGAGAAGAGUGUUCCGGCGAGGAGGAGAUGGAAGAGUAUUGUAUAGGGACGAUAGAGGAAGCUUUGAAGGCAGUGAUGGAGAAGAGUAACGUUGAGGAAUCAUCUUCUUCGGGGAAUGCUAAGAGGCAGAGAAUGAGUAGUCACAAUACUAUCACCAUCGUUGAACAACAACAACAUCACAUGUAA